UAUGAUAUAUACUAUCCUGGGUGAUUUUCGAAUAAUUAUCAAGAAUAAUAUCCGGCAGCUCCUCAAAGUAUCGAAGCGCAAAGGCUCAUAUACGAUAACGCAGCACCAACACGACUGCUUGGUGAUAGGUGCGGGUGGCGCGGGUCUACGUGCAGCUGUCGGUCUUGCAGAGGCCAAGUUUUCCGUUGCACUUGUCAGCAAACUGUUCCCUACCCGGUCUCACACUAUUGCUGCACAGGGUGGAAUGAACGCUUCAAUAGGCAGCAUGCAUCAGGAUGAUUGGCGCUGGCAUUUCUAUGACACUGUCAAAGGAUCAGAUUGGCUCGGCGAUCAGGACUCUAUCCAAUACUUGACUCAAAACGCUUCCAAUUGCGUCUUUGAACUCGAGAACAUGGGAAUGCCGUUCUCGAGGACCAAGGAAGGGAAGAUUUACCAGAGAUCCUUUGGAGGUGGUACAAUAAAGAAUGGAAAGGAGAUGGCGAAGCGGACCUGUGCAGUGGCUGAUCGCACAGGUCACGCCCUACUGCAUACACUAUAUGGAUACUGCACGAAGUAUAAGAGCAUUGACCUCUUCAACGAGUUUUUUGUGCUAGAUUUGCUAAUCCAAGACGGAGCUGUCAUGGGUGCUCUGGCAUUGGAUAUGGACGAUAGCAGUCUCCACAGAUUCCAAGCUAAAAAUACCGUGAUAGCAACAGGCGGCUACCCCCGUAUGUAUUUCUCUUGCACGGCAGCUCAUACUUGCACAGGCGAUGGUGGCGCAAUGUGCUCUCGAGUUGGCAUUCCACUACAGGAUCUGGAGUUCAUACAGUUUCAUCCUACUGGCAUGUACGGGUCUGGCUGUCUGAUGACUGAGGGUUGUCGCGGCGAAGGCGGAUAUAUCGUCAACAGCGAAGGUGUACGCUUCAUGGAGAAAUAUGCUCCUAAAGCAAAAGAUCUCGCUAGUCGCGAUGUCGUCUCUAGGUCCAUUGCUACGGAAAUACGUCAAGGUAGAGGAGUUGGCCCAAAGAAGGAUCACGUGUACCUACAACUUCACCACCUCCCAGCGGAGGUUAUUCGUGAACGCCUUCCAGGAAUUUCGGAAACUGCAUGGACCUUCACUGGGGCUGAUGUGUAUACACAGCCCGUGCCGAUCGUACCCACUGUUCAUUAUACCAUGGGUGGUAUACCAAUCAACUGGAAGGGAGAAGCAUUGAAGUAUGAAGGUUCAGAUAUUACCAUGAAAGGACUCCACUCAGCUGGGGAAGCGGUUAGCAACUGCCACGGUGCUAACCGUCUCGGAGCCAACUCUAUCCUGGACAUUGUAGUCUUCGGCAAAUCCAUUGGUCUCAACAUACCAAAAAUUGCGAAGCCGGGUGACAAACUACCAGAGUUGAAAGAUAGCAUCUGUGACGAAAGUCUGGAUAAUUUGGAGAGAGUGCGCACAGCAAAGGGAUCUGUGUCGGUUCACGAGUUAAGGGCAAAAAUGAGGACCACCAUGCAAAACAAAUGUGGUGUCUUUAGAGACAAGAAGCUACUGUCCGAAGCCAACACCGAGAUACAAAAAUGGUACCAGUGCUUCUUCGACAUCAGACUUACAGAUCAGCGCAAGAACUGGAACAGUGAUUUGAUAGAAGCUUUGGAGCUGCAGAACAUGUUACAAACUGCUGUUCAGGUGGUCGCUUGCGCUUUGAACAGGACAGAAAGCCGUGGUGCACACUUUAGAGAUGACUUUCCGAAGAGAGAAGAUGAGAUGGAUUUCAGCAAGGACACAAAAGGACAGACAGCAAAACCAAUUGAACAACAUUGGAGGAAACACAGUUUGUCCACGUUAGAUUCGAAAACUGGUAAAGUGACCAUCACAUAUCGACCCGUUAUAGACAAAACAUUGAACAACGAAGUGCAAACAAUCCCUCCUGUACCGAGAGUAUAUUAAUUUAGUGUAUUUUUAUGAGUGUUAUUUAUAUCCAUAUUAUCUGAGCAAUACGUUGUUUUUUGAUAUAUUUGAUUUGGUGUGUUACUUAUAUAUAGAGCCAAUAAAAUUUGUAACUUUAA